UCUCGUCGCGAAUAUCGCGUCAGAUUAUUAGAAAUAAUUAUCAAAACAAACAAGACUGGUUUUUUAUAAUUAAAAGUUUAAAUAAAUAUUUACAUACCUGUUAAUUAAAAGAAAAUAAUUAUUUUGUUGUUAUUAAUAUAUAAGGUAAUGAUUGGUAUUUAAAAUGGACGGAGCACAAUAAACAAAGAGUGACGUCAGAUGUUAUGAAUCAGGCUUUGAUUUUAGUCAACUUUAUCACGUUAAAUAAAUAAUAAUUGCAAUAAUAAAUUAUUUUUUAAAGCACGAACAUGACAGUGGAACUAAAAAAGUUUUUAUACCAAUUACUGAACAGUGUGGAAGGUUUGCACAGUAUUCUGAUAACUGAUCGUGAUGGAGUACCAGUCGUUUCAGUAUCUACGGAUACUGCCCCAGAGCUGGCUAUGAGAGCGAGUUUUUUAUCAACAUUUGGCAUGGCUACGGAUCAAGGGAGUAAAUUAGGCCUGGGGAAGAACAAAACGAUCAUGUGCAUGUACAGUAGUUAUCAGGUGAUCCAAAUGAAUAAGCUGCCUCUGGUUGUCAGUUUUAUAGCCUCGCACUCGUGUAACACCGGACAUAUAUUGGCAUUAGAAACUCGUAUUGACCCGAUCUUGUGUAAUUUGAAAUGCGCUGUCGUGGAAGCCUGAUGGCUACCAAUUGUCCAUUACGGAUGAUAAAUUUUAUAUUUUAUUUUGAUGUUUAUUUUAAAUUGAAAGCGUUUAUGUGAUCAAGUGAAAUGGAAUUAUGAGAGAUUUAUAAUAUUUAGAGAAAGAGAGAGGGAGGGAGAGUUGGUUGCAUAUAUUAAACGAAACAGACAAAUAUAUUUAUUAUAUAUACAUAUGUAAUGAAUGAAAAUUAUCAUAUAUGAGCUCAGCGUCUCUGACAUUCUGUGAGCGCAAUUUUUUUAAUUUGUAAUGUCACCGAAUACAACAUUAAUAAUGUUUUGUUGAUAAUUGUAUAUCAAACACUUAUAUACAUUUUAUAAGACAUUAGUACAUAAGAAAUUUUUCGAUGGUAUAUUAGAUAUAGAUUUAUAAUAAAUGGUAUCGAUUGAUGACA